AAUCCAUCUAAACAAAAUCACUGUUAGAAAUUCUUCGCAGCCUCUAAAAGGAUAGAUUUGACUUCCCUACUCUGGGUUAUCCUGCAACGAAAUAUCAGGUUGUCCUCGAACUGGGCCCCACAUGUCUCUCUUACUCGCCCUCACUCUCCUCUCCGCCCUCUUCUACCUGCUCUUCAUCAAACGCAGCACACGCCCGUCUGCAGGCCUCAGAAAUGCCCCAGGACCAAGCGGCGCCCUCCCCAUCGUCGGCAACGCCCACCAAUUGACCAAGCUCCCGCACCGCCAGAUCCAAAAAUGGGCGCGCGAAUAUGGAGAAGUGUACAAGAUCCGACUGGGCUGGUACGACUGGUACAUGUUGUGUUCGUCCGAGGCAGUGAAGGAGGUACUGGAUCGGCAGAGCGCGCAUACGAGUUCCCGCGCGCCGGCGCCUGUUGCGAGCGAUGCGUUGAGCGGGGGCAUGCGGUUCCUGUUUAUGGAGUAUGGGAGUGAGUGGAGGAAGUUGAGGGCGCUGAGCCAUAAGUUGUUGACGCCGAAGGGGAGUGAGAUGUUUAUGCCUAGUCAAGAGUGGGAGGCGAGGGUUUUGCUUGGGGAGGUGUUGAAGGGUGCUGCUGAGGCGGGUGAGGGAGGGGAUGACUCUGGGUAUAAGGCUGUGAGGAGGUAUACAGUUAGUGUUAUUAUGACGAGUACGUAUGGGAGGAGGAUCCCUGUUUGGGAGUGCGACGAAGUGCGGGAGAUCUAUGGCAUCAUGAAUGACUUUUCCAAUAUAGCAGCUCCAGGUACAUACCUUGCCGAUACCAUACCUCCUCUCGGCCGCCUUCUACCGCCGCGCCUCCAAUGGUGGCGCAAGCCUCUCAAACCACUCUUUGAGCGCCAGGCAAACCUGUGGACCAGCCUUUGGAAUUCAUUGCAAGCGCAAAUGAAAACAGGGCAAGCACCAGAGUGCUUUGUCAAGCAAGUUAUCGAAUCUGGCUACGAGAAACAAGGGAUUAGCGAACUGCAAGCGGCGUUUUUAGCUGGAAGUUUGAUUGAAGCCGGAUCCGAAACAACGUCAGCAGCGAUCAACACUGCGAUCCUUUAUAUCUCUGCGUACUCAGACGUACGGGAGAAGGCGCACAAAGAGCUAUCAAGUGUCGUCGGGACAUCUCGCUCGCCAACCUUCGACGACGAAAGGGAUCUGCCUUACAUCCGCGCUAUAGUGAAAGAAACCAUGCGUAUCAGACCCGUUACGAAUAUCGGAACGCCGCACUUUACAACCGCGCCCGUCACUUACAAAGGCAUCUACAUCCCCGCCAAUAGCGUCGUCGCCGUUCAGCAAUAUGCAAUCCACUACGAUCCAGCUCUCUUCCCAGAGCCGGAGCGAUUCCACCCUGAGCGCUUCCUCCCCUUUCCUGAGAAAUCUGGUUUCUACGCUGCUGGCGGUGCGGACAGGAGGGAUCACUGGAACUUUGGUGCUGGGAGGAGGAUAUGCUCGGGCAUGCAUUUGGCGGAGAAUAGCAUGUUCAUUGUGCUGGCCAAGUUGCUCUGGGCGUUCGAUAUUUUGCCCCCUUUGGACCACGAAGGGAGGGAGGUGAAGGUGGAUCUUAGUGAUGAGGCGUUUGAGAGCGGUGGGAAUACGGUGCCGAAGCCGUAUAGAGUAAGGUGGAAGGUGAGAGGAGAGGAGAUCCGCAGGACGAUUGAGAGAGAGGUGAAGGAGGCUGAGCGGGAUGGGUAUGUCCUAAGGGGUGUUAGAGUGAGGAACGAAGGCGUAGAACUGUGA